AUGGGCACAGUAGAAAUGAUCAUUGCAUUUCACAUGAAAGCUUUGGUCUUUUUCCUUUGGCUGUUUGUCCCCUCAUUGGGCAAAGACUUGCUAAGCUGUGAGACAACAUCACCUGAUGCCUCUGGCUACCAUUGCAUUGAAAAUGGGUCACAAAGCCAAUGUGCAACAUUUGCACUCUUUCUCACCAACUCUUACUACUCAUCACUCUCCAACCUCUCCUCUUACUUGGGACUAAACAGGCUUUUAAUAGCACAAGCAAAUGGGUUCUCUGCAGGCACUGAGUUCCUCUCCCAGGACCACCCUCUUCUGAUACCAAUUGAAUGCAAAUGCAAAGGUGGAUUCUUUCAGGCUGAGUUAACCAAAACUACCAUCAAAGGAGAGAGCUUUUUUGGCAUUGCUCAAUCAUUGGAGGGCUUGACAACUUGCAAGGCUAUAAGGGACAAUAACCAUGGUGUGUCACCUUGGAAUCUUGAUGAUAAAGUAAGGUUGCUUAUCCCAUUGAGAUGUGCCUGCCCAUUUUCAUCUCAUGUUAGACCACAACCGAGGCUUCUUCUUUCUUAUCCUGUAAGUGAAGGUGACACAAUUUCUAAUUUGGCCUCAAAGUUCAAUAUUACCAAAGAAGCUAUUGUUUCUGUGAAUAACAUAUCAUCAGAAGGCCUUAGACUUGGAAGCCUUGUACCCUUUACAUCUAUUUUAAUUCCACUUAAUGGUAAGCCUAUUAUUGGUCCUUUGGUUAAACCCAAGGAACCCAAUUCUGGUUUUCCAACACCAACCAGCAUCCCAGUGAUUAGUCCCCACAAGAAGUCAACAAUGUGGAAGACUCAAUUGUAUAUUGGCCUUGCUGGGGUUGCACUUGGAGUCUGCAUUGCUUUUGCUGUAGCCUUUUACUUUAUCAGAUUGAAGCACAAGAAGGAGGAAGAGAAUUCAUGCAAAGGAGAUAUGGAGCAGCAAUAUCUGAAUCAGAGUGUGAGAACCACCUCCACCAGUGACAAGAAAGUUUCCUUUGAGGGAUCUCAGGAUGCUCUUGAUGUGAAAAUUGUUGAUGUCAUACCACGUAAGAUGUUGCUGGAGACUUACACCAUAGAAGACAUGAGAAAAGCAACUGAGAAUUUCAGUUUAAGCAAUCACAUUGAAGGAUCAGUGUUCCAUGGUCGUCUAAAUGGGAAAAACAUGGCAAUCAAAAGAACAAAGGCAGGAACUGUGUCAAAAGUAGAUCUUGGCCUUUUCCAUGAUGCACUUCACCACCAUCCCAACAUACUUAGGCUUCUUGGAACAAGCAUGUUAGAAGAGGGGCAACAGCAAGAGCAAGAGAAAGAGUCUUUUAUGGUUUUUGAGUAUGCCAAAAAUGGUUCAUUGAAAGAUUGGCUUCAUGGAGGGCUGGCCAUAAAGAACCAGUUCAUUGCUUCCUGCUAUUGCUUCCUCACUUGGAGCCAAAGGCUCAGAAUCUGCCUUGAUGUAGCCAGUGCCUUGCAGUAUAUGCACCAUGUUAUGAACCCAAGCUAUGUGCAUAGAAAUGUUAAGAGCAGGAACAUCUUUUUAGAUGAAGAAUUUGGUGCCAAGAUAGGGAAUUUUGGGAUGGCAGGUUGUGUUGAGAAUGACACUGAGGACCCACAUUUCUAUUCCACCAACCCUGCCUCUUGGAGUUUGGGUUAUUUGGCUCCUGAAUAUGUGCACCAAGGUAUAAUUUCCCCAAGCAUUGACAUCUUUGCUUAUGGGGUGGUCUUGUUGGAAGUUUUGUCAGGUCAAACACCCAUAAGCAGGCCUAAUGAUAAGGGCGAAGGAAGUACUUGGCUCACAGAUAAAAUCAAAUCCAUUUUGGUGUCAGAAAAUGGUAAUCAACUAAGGGAGUGGAUAGACAGUGCAUUAGGGGAGAACUACUCAUUUGAUGCAGCUGUGACACUGGCCAACAUUGCAAGAGCUUGUGUUGAGGAAGAUUCUUCUUUGAGACCAAGUGCAAGGGAAAUUGUUGAGAAGCUAUCAAGAUUGGUGGAGGAAUUACCAGAAGGGGAAGGGGAAGGGGAACAACACAUGUUAAUGAGUGAAAGCUCUAGCAAACCUCUGGUGAAAGCACUGGAAAACAAUCUGUGA